AUGCGAAUCCUCGCGCUGUCAAGCAUACUACUCCGCGCUGAGAAUAUAAAGAGCAGUGCUCCACUCUUUUUCCGGUUGUGCCUUUCAGGUGAACGACAGCCACUGACCGACAAGAACAAAACCGACCCGGGAAACUUGGGCAAAAGCCUGGAUCCUGUGUAUCCAUCCGCGGUUUGUCGACCGAUUGUGAACGUGUUCAAAGUGGACGGUGCGCCGUCAGGUAUGACGAUAAAAAUGCCUGCGGUCUUCAGUGCACCACUACGAAGUGACUUGUUAAACUUUGUCCAUGACCAGAUGCGCAAGAAUUCUCGUCAACCGUAUGCGGUUAGCGCGAAAGCUGGCCAUCAAACCUCUGCUGAAUCUUGGGGAACCGGUCGAGCGGUUGCCCGUAUCCCGCGUGUGCGUGGUGGCGGAACCCAUCGUUCGGGUCAAGGUGCUUUCGGUAAUAUGUGCCGAGGAGGGCACAUGUUUGCACCUACUAAGGUCUGGAGGCGCUGGCAUAAACGCAUCAAUGUUCAACAACGCAGAUACGCCAUGUGCUCUGCGAUUGCGGCUACCGGUGUUCCGGCCCUCGUUAUGGCACGCGGCCAUAGGAUUGAUCGUCUACCCGAGGUUCCAUUGGUGAUAUCUGAUGAGAUUGAGUCGGUUAAGAAGACAAAGGAAGCAGUGAAGGUUCUCAAGUCAGUGAAAGCUUGGUCUGAUAUUCAAAAGGUGUACAAUUCGCAGCGCUUCAGGGCUGGUCGGGGUAAAAUGCGCAAUCGACGUCGAAUUCAAAAACGUGGUCCGAUCAUCAUCUUCCGGAAAGAUGAUGGAAUAACGAGAGCUUUUAGAAACAUUCCAGGUGUCACCUUGAUCAAUGUCAACGUCCUGAACCUUCUGAAGCUUGCGCCUGGUGGUCACAUGGGUCGUUUAGCCAUUUGGUCUGCCAGUGCGUUCCGUCAGCUGGACAAACUUUAUGGCACCUGGAAGACCCCUAGCCUGAAAAAAUCUGGUUUCCACCUCCCGAAACCGAAAAUGACAAACUCUGAUCUUGGGCGCUUACUGCACUGCCGUGAAGUUACAUCUGUCCUCAAACCCCGUCGCCUGCACCUUCAACGUCCAGGUCCAAAGGUCAAGAAGAAUCCUCUGAAGAAUAUACAGGCACUCCUCAAGUUGAACCCAUUUGCAAUUGGUGAAAAGAAUAUGAGGAUAGCGCGGCAACGUUACGUCGAAAAGAUGAAAGCCAAAAAAAGGGAAGAACUGAAACGAAAGGCCGAAGCGACUGGCGUUCCGCCUGCGAAGAAGGCGAAGAAAGUAAAGUCAGAAAAAUCUAUUUAAGCGAAUCUUUACAAUACAAACUUAUGGGAUAAUU